AUGUCUACAACAAAUAUAUUAAAACCCAAAAUUAUAAUUGAAUCGUCUAAAGAACCGAGAGUAGGACAGAGAAGUUCUUCAGCAUUAUCUACGCCAUUUGAAAAAAAUAUGUUUAGCACAUAUUCAUAUAGUAACCCUAUAUCGAACAUGAGGAGUAGCACUCAUAAUGAAUACAAAUAUAAUUGGACAAAAUAUGUAAAUAGUUCUCAGAUACCCCAUGUAGACGAAUAUAUAAAAACAUUUGAAGGACCCAAUACGACUUAUUACUACGAAACGAUUCCUUUAAAAACGAAUACAAAUAAUAUUUUUGAAAUAACACCAUCACAAGAAGAGUUAAGUAAAAUAUCAUAUAAUCCAAAGAUAGAAAUUUAUUCUACUUGUGAUUUUGCUGUUUUAAUGAUGGAUAUACCAGGGGUGUCUAAAGAGAAUUUAAAAGUUGAGUUAGAAAAAGGAUUAUUAAAAAUUUAUGGGAAUAAGUACAAGCCCCAUAUUGAAGAAUUAGAAAAACGUAAUGAAUACCAUACAAAAAUUAUUGAAAGACUUAACGAAUAUUUUUUUUGUAAAAUAUUUCAAAUGCCUCCUGCAUUUUCAGAAGGACAAAAUAUAUCAUGUAAAUUGAAUGAUGGAGAACUUGUGGUCAAAAUUUUGGCUAACGAAUUGAAAACACAAAAGAAGGUUAUAGACGUUCAGUCAUAA